AUGGCAUACCGUUACACAUCCUUCGUCGCGUUCGGUUGCGUGCUGCUGCUGGCGGCGUCAUCAUCGGUGCAAGGUGCUGCCAUAGAUAAUGCGGUCACUCCACGGAUUCACAGCUCCGAUGAGCUGAUCUCAACGAUUGUGGAUAAGUGCUUCCAUGCCAAUGCCAUGCAUUGCCUGAAGGAGAAGGUGCUCACGUAUCUGGACACCGUUGCCAACGUUGAGGAGGAGGUCAGCGGUCGUGCCUACAACGAUGAUGUCAUCGAUAAGGUCAUCGUCGAUCGUCUCGCAAGGAUUCUGCGCUCCAACGAGCUGCGCGUCCAACUGCCGGAGACUUUCUUCUCCAGCUCCGUGAUGACCUAUCGUGCUGAUCGUGGCUUCGAUCUGGAACUGCCCAAGGAGGAAGGUCGCGCUGAGAAGAAGAACAAGGAUAAGCUCUUCCUGCCUCUGCUGCUGCUCAUGAAGUUCAAGCUGAAGGUUAUCAUGCCCAUUCUUCUGGCUCUGGUCAGUUUGAAGGCGACCAAGGCCCUGAUCCUGUCCAAGAUUGCCAUUAAGCUGGUGCUCGGUUUCCUCAUCUACAAUCUGGUCCAGAAAUUGGGUGGCAUGAAGAUGAACAUGGUCCCAAUGCCACCACCAAUGCCACAAGCUGAAUAUGGUGUGCCCAGUACCACGGCCUCCUCGUACGAUCCCAGCAGCUGGGAGCCCAUGAGCGGUGGUCCAUAUGCGCGUUGGGACUCACAGAAUGUGGCCUAUAGCUCCUAUCACCCCAGCAGCUCCUCGUCGUACAGCUCGUCGUCGGGCUCCCCAUCGAGUGGCAGCUCAUCCAGCUACAGCUCCUCCUCUUAG